ACAAACCUAAAUUACAAUUUCAGCUGCACAAGAGCAUUAAUGCAAAAUGUGGAGCAAAAUCAUCCCUUCCGUUUUGAGUAUUUUCAGUUUGUUGGCAGUAAUUCGAGCCCAAUCGAUUGACGAUUAUUAUCAAUGCUUUACGUAUUCCGAGUGCGUUUCAGAUGGACUUCAACACCAAGGCAUAUUGAAUUGCUUCUUUUCUCUGUCUUACGAGGAUCGACAACCAAUAUUCCGUUACGUUCAGGAAAAUUUCUACUCGUACAAUACUGACAGCAUAGCCCAAGCACUACAGAUUUAUUGUACACUAAGCGGAGAUGCACAAUUUGAUGCAUUUCGAAAAACUCUCAAUGGCGUUAUCAGCUAUAAGAAUAUGGCAUGCAAUUCUCCACAGAUGCAGCGUCAGUGUGACAAUGCAAAAAGUUUACUGAAAUGUUUUUUCUCGUUCCUUCGUUCCUUGAAGCAACUGAACUUAUGUUAAACAAUCCAGGCAUAGAGGACUCAAGAAUUGUUAAUUUCCGGUACCUAAUUAAUGAGUCAAGUUGAAAUUUGUUUCUUAUCUGUAAUAUGUAUCAAAUUAUUUUUCAAAAAUAAAAAUUAUUGCAUUCAA